GAAAUUAGUAUUAGGUUGAAUUGGAAGCCCCUGAAAUCCCAAUCUCACCUCUCUUCAGCUUGCUUUUCUUGAUACAGAAUUCUGUUGAAAAGGAAGCUGUUGAUAUUGAAAGCAAUGCUUCCUUCUCUCUAAGCAAACGAUGAUUAGAGGUGGUUGGAGCUACGUGACUUCACCUCGAUCUUUCUCAGCUGAUGGGAAAAAUCUCCUGGUUUGCACCGCCGAAACGGUCUCGGUCUUCAGCCCCCUUACCUGGCUUGCAGAUACCGUCACUUGAUGGCCAUACCGCGCUUGUCACGACGGUUAUAGUGGUGCCGGCGUGGAAUCCGGCCAGCAAGAUACUGUGUUAUUGCUGGACUGCCUCGCUUGAUGGGACAAUUCGUUAUUGCGACUUUUCCUUGCCGGAGUUGAGAAAAAUUAUCGAUGUUAGGAUGCUAACUUUAUCCACGUUAUUGCAUGAGCUACCCUGACACGUGCACUGAUUUUGGCAAUUGAAUUACACAAAAAGGAGGGGAAAAACCUUGCAUCAGCAGAUUUGGAAGUGUAACUUAGGAAAGUCUUGCCUAGUUGGAUCAGUUCUUGGAGAGGGACUGUUUUUUUUUUUUUAGCCAACAGUAGAAAUUCACUCAAUGGAGAGUGAAAAAAUCAAAUGUAAGUGCACCUAUUUGGGUUGAAGAAAAAUUAAAAUUACUAUUAAGAUUAAUGUGGUUAAUUUGAUUAGAAUUAUAGAAAUUACUUUUAACUUGACGGUAUGUUUUGAAGUUUUUUUGAAAAUAGGUAAUGAAGUAUGUUUUGAAGUUGAUUAAGAGAGUAGAAUGCGUUUUAUCUUUAUGGUUGUCAGUAAGUUCCAAUCAGUUGGUCUUUUCUUCUGUGCAUGUUGUAAUUCAUCAGUGCAGUACUUUGUUUAUAUUGUUCUUUAACUGCUGAAACAGGCUGAGGUUUUAACUGUUAGUCCUUCAGUAAAAUAUAUUGGCAUGAAAAGUAAGUGCAAGCUUCACAUUUGGAAGGUUCCCGAUAGAGUCCAAGAAUGCAAUCGUUAAGAAGAUAGCACUGUGCCAUACAAAGAAGAUGACAGGAGAAAUGAAUAUUCCUAACUUUAGUUACUUACAGGGGUGCUGCUAUUUCUGCCAUCGCAUUCAGUUCAUCUGGUCAGAUGGCAGUCAGUUCAUCUUAUGUUGGUGACUUUUUAGGACUAGCAACAAGGCAGUUUGGAUAUGCAUCCAUCUAUGGGCCAGGAACUACCACAAUUUGAAUUGAAGAUAAUUGAGACCUCCUGGACCCCUUCCUUUCAAUCUGAAAGACAUUGGGAAACUAUAUUCAGUGGCUCAUCACAUAAUCUUCCACCUCUUACCAAAUUGUGUCCCCCAUUUCUCGGAUCAUUGUUGGAAAAGAGGAUGGCUGUUGUCCAGUAAUUUGUGGAUGGAUUAAUUGCAAUUUGCAAGUAUUCUUUGUGGUUUGUACCACUCUUCGGGGAGGCGUUGGAACAAUUGUUAUUUAUGCCAAUUUCUGCACACUGGUGAGCCAGCCCAUGCUCAAUGCAUGCACGCACGGUGUGCAAUGUUGAUAUAGCAAUUUGAUACUGCAAAUGGAUCUGUGAAGACUAAUGUCUGGAGUGUUACUGAAAAGAAAGUUUAGCAAAAUUGAAGAGAAGGAACUGUUGGCUGGCUAACUGCAAUGCUGCAUGAGCAAGUUAAUUACAAUGUACAGUGAAAAGAUUUGCUAGAUGUGUUGUCUCUAAAUGCUUCUGCUUCAUGCCAAUUAAAGGCUUGGCUUGGGAUUAUUCUAGCUAUUCUUGUGUCUGUUGUGGUUGUGUUGUGGUUUAAAGUCGAGUUUUUCUGCACUUCAUCUUUGUUAUUGGCUAGCGUGUAUAUCUUUAAUCACUAGACCAAUGUCUAAUUAACUCUUCUAGAGUGAAAGUUAUGUUUGACCUCAAUGUUUUUGUUGACAUAGGAAGCAUCAAUCACUUUGAAUUAAUAGGAAACUUUAACAACUUUGAGAAUGAAACUGGCCUCUCUGGUUUCCACAACCAAAUAGGCAUUUUCCCCUAAAAAAGCAAGGUGUAACAAAUUUAGUGCACCUAACACAAAACUUCUCAUAUGGAGAUUGAUUACCAAGGGAGCAGUUUUGCUGCAAUACUUUCUAUAUAUGUAUACAUGUUUAUACUGAUGACAGGUUCAUAUUAAUUUACAUGUUGAUGAUGAUCAGGUACAAAGUUCUAAGAACUUCCAGUGGAGAUUGAAUCUUGUGGGGAAACUGAGAAAGGACUGUCACAUCCGUGUUCAAGAUCCUCGA